AUGAGCAAAGUCCAAGACGUCGAAGGAAAUGUGGAUGCGACUAUCAACCUUUUCUUCGAGAAGUUACGCGAGCGAUUCUCCAGCACCGGAGAAGUCUGCGAGAUGUCUGAUUGGAUCAAUUUCUUUGCAUGGGAUGUGAUGAGCCAGCUGACUUUUUCGCAAAACCUGGGCAUCCUGGAUGCAGGCAGUGACUACAAGGGCUUCCUGGGAAGAUCUGCCCAAACCUUGGAUUAUUUUGCCCCGAUAUGCCAAAUCCCAAUCCUUGAUAUGUUCUUCGACAAGAACCCGAUCAUGCGCAUCGGACCCCCAACCUUCGUGUGGGCCAACAUCUUCAGUGUCGAGCAGCUCCAGAAGCGGUACCAAGAGGCCAACCCAACCGGCCACGCCGACUUCCUGUCCAAGUUCCUGGAAGCAAAGAAGAAGAACCCAGACCUUAUCGAUGAUAAUACCGUGAUCCUAUACCUCCUUUCUAAUGUCCUCGCGGGAAGCGACUCCACCGCGAGCACGAUCUGCGCAGCCAUAUACCACGUCCUCAAGAAUCCGGCCGUCCACAAACGCUUGUGUGAUGAACUUCGGGGAGCGAACCUCUCCAUGCCGGCCCAAUGGAAGGAGAUCCAGGGUCUCAAAUAUCUCGAAGCCGUCAUGCGCGAAGCCAUGCGCUUGAACCCUGGUGUCGGUCUCAUCCUCGAGCGCGUUGUGCCCAAGGGCGGGUUUCAAUUACCCGACGGCCGAUUCGUUCCCGAAGGCACCGUCGUUGGCAUGAACCCAUGGGUGAUCAACCGGUGCGACGUCUUUGGCGCUGAUACUGACAGCUUUGUCCCCGAGCGGUGGCUUCAGCGUCCGGGUGAAGCGGACGAUGCGUACCACGCACGCUUUACGAAGAUGAAGGCGACUGACUUCACAUUCGGUGCUGGCUCGCGGGCUUGCCUGGGCCAGUACCUCUCCCAGUUAGAAAGCUACAAGCUGAUUGCGACGCUUUUCAGGACGUUUGACAUGGAACUACCGCGCCAGGAACAUGAAUGGCAGCUUACAAACAAGUGGUUCAUCAGACAGAAGGACAUUCCCGUUCGCCUGGUGGAGCGAGUAUAA